CUCGUUAUAUUACUCGCAGGAACACGGCAAAGAGACAUGAGAUUUAAAAGAAAUAUGUUUACAUUUUAUUUUUAAUCCCGGAGACCUGACGCCUGGAUUUGUCCGCCUGACGUCUCCACGUUUCCCCCUCCUCCUUCCUCCUUCUUCGUCCAGCCCUCCGACGUGCCGUGCCGGGCCGUGCUGUGAAUGGGAGGGUGGGGUAGGAGGGGAGUUUUUUUUUAGGUGAUGGUGGGCUUGGGUCUCGCGUCUCCCGGCUCUCCUGGACACCCCGUUAGCAUCCUGUCGCCCCUACCGAGAAGAAGGAACAAACAGCGGUUGCCGUCGCGGACGCCGCUUGUGUCGCUGAAUUAUCGGCUUUCAUAACUGCCGUCAUCGCUGCAGGAGGCAGGAGGGGGGUUAUUAUUUUUCCCUUGAGCUUUUCGUGGGUAAACAGAAGGCCCGUGAGGUGUUGCACCCCCCAUGGCUUCUGUGUGGGGACGAGGCGCCUCUGGGUUCUUUUUCUGGGGGGAUGAUCGCGGUUCCGUGUUGAGAUGUUACAGGUAGCUUUAGCCACAGCGGCCUGUCAUCCGUCCCACCGUACAGUUAAACUGUCAUAUUGCCACAUUAGCAGACGUCCCUCCGCGUCCCCGAUGAGAGCGGGCAGCCAUGGCCGAACAAGACAUUUGUCCCCACCAGGAUUCCAUAGGAGAGCUGACCAAGGAGGACCUCCUCCACAAAUCCAAGGGAACCUGCCAGUCCUGCGGAGCUGGGGGCCCAAACCUGUGGGCCUGUCUGCAGAGUGACUGCCCAUAUGUCGGCUGUGGGGAGUCCUCCUCCGACCACAGCACGCUGCAUGCACAGGCGGAGAAGCACAACCUGACGGUGAACCUGACGACGUUCCGGAUUUGGUGUUACGUGUGUGAGCGGGAGGUGUUUUUGGAGCAGGGGCCCGCUCCGCCGCCCGCUGCCCCCCACCGCCGCUGUAAAGCCUCAGAGCAGGAAGCAGCUCCUCAGCCAGUAGGUCACCACCUGAAAGCGGUGCCGAUUGCCGUGGCGGAAGAAGAAGGCUCGGAGUCAGAGGAUGAUGAGCUUAAACCGAGAGGUUUGACAGGAAUGAAAAAUAUUGGAAACUCGUGCUACAUGAAUGCGGCCCUUCAAGCCCUGUCCAACUGUCCUCCUCUGACUCAGUUCUUCCUGGACUGCAGCGGAUUGGUCCGCACCGAUAAGAAGCCCGCCCUCUGUAAGAGCUACCAGAAACUCAUCUCAGAACUCUGGCAUAAAAAACGGCCCAGCUAUGUCGUGCCUACCAGUCUGUCUCAUGGCAUCAAACUAGUAAACCCCAUGUUUCGUGGUUACGCUCAGCAGGUAGGGGCAAGCAGCCAGCAGGACACCCAGGAGUUCCUGCGCUGCCUGAUGGACCAGUUGCACGAGGAGCUGAAGGAGCCUCUGACAGAAUGCAGCAUGAGCAGGGAGGGGAGUGACGGCGAGGAGACGAGGGACGGAGACCGCUCGCCCUCCGAGGACGACUUCCUGUCCUGCGACUCCGGCUCCAGCAGUGACCGCGGGGAGGGCGGGGCGGCCGGGGACGGCGAGCCGCUCCUGCAGGACACGUGCGACGGGGCCCGGGCGCCGGCAGGAGGGACGGCGGGCGUCGGCGUCGCCGGCUUGAUCUCCGAGAAGGAGAGGCUGAAGGAAAGGAGGGUGUCUGGCUCGCCCCUCCACGGCGGCUCGCAGGAGAUGGACGAGGACGCCGACGUGGACACGGCAGCACAGGAGUCGCUUCCUGAGAGAGCGGAGGAAGAGGAGUUAACGCCGACCGCCAGCGCAGAGGUCCAGAGCCAAGAGAACAACCAGUUAUCCGAUAGCGGGGAGGGGCAAGACCACGACAGCAACACCUCAGAACCGGACAAUGAAGUGUCAAUGAACCAGGUCCCGUCCACUCCCUGCAGCCCUGUGCGAACCCUCCAGGAGCUGCACCCCAAACUGUCCUCCAGCCCCCCUCGCUCCAGCCCGCUGCGCUCUGCAGGACCAGCGUACUCCUUCAAGAAAGCUCAGCUGCAGCUCAGUGCCAGGAAGAAGAAACAGUCUCACUAUCGCAGCGUGAUCUCGGACAUCUUCGAUGGCUCCAUCCUCAGCCUGGUCCAGUGUCUAACGUGCGACCGGGUCUCUACAACGGUGGAAACCUUCCAGGACUUGUCGCUCCCUAUUCCUGGUAAAGAGGACUUGGCCAAGCUCCACUCGUCCAUACAUCAGAACCUUCCAGUCAAGACAGGCUUGAGUCCCGACACCUACGGCUCGCAGGGCUGGAUCCCCUUCAUCAUGGACUCCAUUCGCCGGUUCGUCGUCUCGUGUAUCCCCAGUUGGUUCUGGGGGCCCAUGGUGACGCUGGAGGACUGCCUCGCCGCUUUCUUCGCUGCGGACGAACUCAAAGGGGACAACAUGUACAGCUGUGAGAGGUGUAAAAAGUUGAGAAAUGGUGUCAAAUAUUGCAAAGUACUUAGACUUCCGGAGAUUCUUUGCAUUCACUUGAAGCGCUUCCGGCACGAGAUCAUGUAUUCGUUCAAGAUUAGCAGUCACGUGUCCUUCCCGCUGGAGGGCCUCGACAUGCAGCCCUUCCUGGCCAAAGAGAGUCCGUCCCAAGUCGCCACCUACGAUCUGCUGUCAGUCAUAUGUCACCACGGCACUGCAGGAAGCGGUCACUACGUAGCUUACUGCCAGAAUGUGAUCAAUGGCCAGUGGUAUGAGUUUGACGACCAGUACGUGACGGAGGUCCACGAGACGGUGGUGCAGAACGCGGAGGCCUACGUGUUGUUCUACAGGAAAAGUAGCGAGGAGUCGGUGAGAGAGAGGCAGAAGGUCGUGGCUCUGGCUAACAUGAAGGAGCCCAGCCUGCUGCAGUUCUACAUCUCCAGAGAAUGGCUGAACAAGUUCAACACCUUUGCCGAACCAGGACCCAUCAGCAACCACACGUUUCUUUGUCAGCACGGAGGGAUCCCACCGUUUAAAUACCACUACAUAGACGACCUAGUUGUGAUCGUUCCUCAGAACGUGUGGGAGUACCUGUACAACAGUUUUGGAGGCGGCCCCGCAGUGAACCACCUGUACAUGUGCACCAUCUGCCAGGUGGAGAUCGAAGCGCUGGCAAAACGCAGGAAAACCGAAAUCGACACCUUCAUCAAGCUCAACAAGGAGUUCCAGGCUGAAGAGGCUCCGGCGGUGAUCCUGUGCAUCAGCAUGCAGUGGUUCAGAGAGUGGGAGGGUUUCGUGAAGGGCAAAGACAACGAGCCACCCGGUCCCAUCGACAACAGUAAAAUCGGCGUGAUGAAAGGAGGCCACAUACAGCUCAAGCAAGGUGCAGACUACGGUCAGAUCUCGGAGGAGACGUGGCAGUACCUGUUGGGGAUUUACGGCGGCGGCCCCGAGAUCGCCGUGCGACAGACCGUCGCGCCGGCCGACCCCGGCAGCCUUCACGGGGAAAGGAAGAUCGAGGCGGAAACCAGAGCACUUUGAGAGAGAGAGAGAGAGAGAGAGAGAACACGAGAGGUUGGGCUGUGUAGUUAUUAGGGAAACACUGUAAAUCCCGUGACUCCCCCCCACGUGAGGGCGCAGACCGGCGUGCAGUCGUCGGUUCAGAAACACCUUCGGCCGAUGGUGCGGCUCUUUCCCGGGAAGCCGCGGCGGCGGAGCUGGUCCGCCCACUCAUCCUUCACGCCAACCCACAUGAGCUCAUAAGAUUCUUCUGGGCAGCGGAGACGAGACCCAGGACGCCGGAGGCGGCGCCCCGGGGGAAUAAACAGCUGUAAAUACAAUCCAGGCGGUCUGAGCUGAGGGGGCCCACGAGCGGACCGUUUGUUCUCGACGUGUGUCUCGCCUCCAGGUCUCCCGGUUCCUCCGUUCCUCUCCUCCGGCUGAUGGUUUUGCACCGUGAGCACUUUGUAAAUGUAGCAACGCGCUGUUGGUCACGAGCCGCGUCGCGAGAGGGCGGUACCUAAAUAUCACGUAGUUUAUUUAUUGAAUAACUCUGAUCCUUAAUGUUAAGGUGUACAAAGAAAUAAAGCGUUGUGUCACGUCUGUGGAGGUGUUUUUGGUAGCGAUGGCGGUUCAGCGGCCUGAGGAGGAGGAGGAGGAGGACGACAGAGGUUUUUCUUCUUUAUGCCUGUUUACGUGUCACGCGGCGACGCGCUCUGACGCGGAGCGAGAGGGGAGCGCAUCGGUUGAUCGACCUUUACUGCACAGCAACAACCGAGCCCUCGGGAAUGCAAGCUUUUUGUUUGGUUAAACCGGUGAAAUGAUCCGAUAAAGGAAAUAAGAAAAUACCACAGCUGGUUUGUGUAAACCCACACGAGAAAAGACCUUCUGCAGGGUCCAUUUGAAAAGCUUCAGAGUGCAUGAGACGGCUGUGUGGACAUUUUCAUUUGCUCAAAACGCACAAUAAUGUAUUUUCUGGGCUCAAAAUGGUGAACUAUUUAGCAGCAUCCAGGCCUCAAUGCAGAUACACGGCUUUUCAUCAUAGUGAAUAAAUAUAAAGUUUCUGAAAAGACAAACUAAUAAAGGUAAUGAAAAGUGCAGAAGUUAAAUGCUAACUUUGCUUUUUCAACUUGG